AUGGAAUUCAGAGAUGGUUUGGUGGGUAAGAUAGAUGAGGAAGAUGCUAUGACUUUAGAGAAGUUAUCGUCGACUGAGGAGAUCAGAGAGGCUGUGUCGGACUGUGAGUCAUCUAAAGCGCCAGGUUGUAAUGGGUACAACAUGAAUUUCAUUAAGAGGUGUUGGGGUGAGAUUAGGUCUGAAUUCACGGCAGCAGUGAUAGGGUUCUUCCAGACAUCCAGAUUAUUGACAAAUAUCAAUAUCACUUGGGUGGCACUAGCACCCAAGUUCGUUGGUGCGAAGGAGAUGAAAGAUUUACGACCUAUUAGUAUGGUGGGGUGCGUUUACAAGGUUAUCUCGAAGGUGCUAGUUAGGAAGAUGAGGGCAGUGAUGCUGGGGAAAAAGAAGGCAGCAAUAAUCAAGUUAGAUUUCCAGAAAGCAUAUGAUAUAGUCAAAUGGAGCUUUGUGGACAUUGUAUUACAAAAGAUGGGGUUUGGGCAUAGAUGGAGAGCGUGGGUUAUGGAGUGUGUGACAACUGCAUCUAUGUCGAUUCUGAUAAAUGGUUUGCCAUCUAAGCCAUUCAAAAUAGAAAGAGGUUUGAGACAAGGUGACCCAUUUUCUCCCUUCUUAUUUGUACUGGUUGUGGAUGUGCUGCAUCGAAUGGUUGGAGAGUGGGUCCAGCGUAUGUGCAACUUAUUGAGUUGUAAGGUGGAAACGCUUCUAGUUAAAUACCUUGGAAUCGCUUUUGGAGCAAAUCUGAGGUUGGUGAACACCUGGAAGCCUAUAAUAGACAAAGUGAAGGAGAACUCAAUGCCUAAGGCUGUUGCUGAGAAAUUGAUUUCUUCACAGCGAAGAUUCCUGUGGAGUAAGGAAGAUGGUAGAAAUGGUAUGGCAUUAGUAAGAUGGGAAGUGGAGCAGGCUCCUAAGAAACUAAGCGGGUUGGGAGUUGGAGAUGUUAUGAUUCGUAACAUAGUACUCUUGUUUAAGUGGUGGUGGCAGUUUGUAAAGGAAGAGUGUCCAUUAUGGAAGAAGGUCGUAUGUUCGUGUAAUAAUCUAAAUCCUAAUGAGCUACUGUCAACUCAAGUGCUACCUACUAGAGGAGGCCCAUGGAAGUAUAUUUGCCAACUACAAAUCACGAAUCAACGUAUAAGGGAUAAGAUGGUUACAGGUUUGUCUAUGGUGAUUGGUGAUGGGCGACGGACUCAGUUUUGGGAGGAUGUAUGGUGUAGAGUGCUUGGAUAUCAGAUUUUGACCGUUAAUGGUCUUAUCCGGGUUCAAUGA